AAUAAGCAAAUCAAAUUAAAAUCAAAUAAAAACGCAGUUACAAUUUUCCUCACAUAUUCGCAUAUGUAUGUGUCUGAGAGCGAAUUUAAUUGUCAAUUGUCAAAGUUAACUCUGAUUCUACAAACACCACACAAAGCAAGCGAUUAAAAUUAAAUCUCGUUCAACACGCAAAUUGAAAGUGCAAUAAGAAGAAGAAGACGACGAAGAAAACGUCAAAUGCGGUUGAAAGUUCAAGUUGAUGCAAUAAGUGUUUGAAAACGGAAACAGAGCUAAAAAUAAAAUCAACAUUUCAAUACCUAUAUAUAUAUAUAUCGAUAAAAAUAUAUAUAUAUAUUCACAACUCUUCGAAUUCGGAGGAGCUUGGAAAAUCGCGCGCGAGUUUAAUCAACAUUUUUAGCAAUCAAUUUUUGUCUCCCCCUCUCACCCCAAAUACAAGUUUUGUGGAGUUUCGUGUCAGGUGCAUAAAUUCUGUGUUACGUUCGGCGUUCUCAAGUGAAAGUCACACAGCGAAAGCGACAAACACCCUCACACACUCAAACACAAGCUAACACGCAUAUAUUCUAACACACACUCACACACAUACACAUUGACAGAAACACACACACACCCACGUGAGUGUGCAUCGCAUCAGAUUGCUUGUUGUCCACUAAACUAAAUUGUGAAUUGUGUGCAAAUAGGCUGCGGCCAGAAAGUAAACGUCAAGAUUCUAUCGAAAAAAACACUGCUCAGCACGACGGAGGCUUCGUUCAACUAUAACACGGCGACCACAAUGCCCUAUAACGGUGCUAGCAACGGCAGCGGUGGAGUCGGCGGAGCCGUAGCAGGCAGCAGCGUUAGCGGUGGCGGGGCCACCAUCGUCGUCAGCGAGGGACCCCAGAAUAAAAAGAUACGCACAGGCGUGCAGGCCGGAGAUAACGACGUCACCAUGCAUUCACGGUCCACACAAAAUCAGAGUCAGCAGCAAGCACUACUGAACAAGUCAAACGACGACCUAAGGAGAAAGCGUCCUGAGACUACACGGCCAAAUCACAUUCUACUCUUCACUAUCAUAAAUCCUUUCUAUCCCAUCACAGUUGAUGUCUUGCAUAAAAUUUGCAAUCCACAUGGCCAAGUGCUGCGCAUUGUCAUCUUCAAAAAGAACGGCGUUCAGGCCAUGGUUGAAUUUGAUAGCCUCGAUGCGGCUACACGUGCACGCGAGAAUCUCAAUGGAGCCGACAUCUAUGCCGGAUGCUGCACUCUUAAAAUUGAUUUUGCCAAGCCGGAGAAAUUGAAUGUUUAUAAGAAUGAGACAGACACCAGCUGGGACUACACCCUGAGCACAGGUGAGAUUCAACCAAUUAAGGAGAUUGGAAAUGGUCGCUCACCAUUACUGCAGGAGCCUCUUUACGGUACACGACCUCAGCCCUACAGUAAGUCGCUGUUUUCUAUACCCGAAAAUGUUGUUGUGCUUGAGAGCCUUGCAACUAUCCAAACACAACAUCGCAACAACCACCACCACCACCACAACAACCACCACCACCACCAACAACACCACCAACAACAACAUCAUCACCAACAACACCAUCAACAACAACUUGUUGCCCCAGCUCAAACGCACAAUCUUGUUCCAUUUAAAGAGCCUCCACUAUUGGGACCAGGCACCGCCUUCCCACCAUUCGGAGCACCCGAAUACCAUCCCACCCAGCCGGACAACUGGAAGGGCGCCGCCAUCCAUCCAACUGGCCUCAUGAAGGAGCCCACCGGAGUCGUCGCCGGACGCAAUGCGCCAGUGGCCUUCGCCCAGCAGGGACAGGCACAGGGCGCUGUCAUGAUGGUCUAUGGCAUGGACCAUGACACUUCCAACACAGAUAAGCUCUUCAAUUUGGUCUGCCUCUAUGGCAAUGUUGCCCGGAUCAAGUUCUUGAAGACUAAGGAAGGCACCGCCAUGGUACAAAUGGGCGAUUCGGUUGCCGUCGAGCGUUGCGUUCAGCACUUGAAUAACAUUCCCGUUGGCACUGGCGGCAAAAUACAGAUUGCAUUCUCAAAGCAGAACUUCCUAUCGGAGGUGAUCAAUCCAUUCUUGCUGCCGGAUCAUACACCCAGCUUCAAGGAGUACACUGGCUCCAAAAACAAUCGUUUCCUAUCACCGGCACAGGCCAGCAAGAAUCGCAUUCAACCACCGAGCAAAAUCUUGCACUUUUUCAACACACCGCCCGGUCUCACCGAAGACCAGCUCAUUGGCAUAUUCAACAUUAAGGAGGUGCCAGCCACAUCCGUGCGUCUCUUCCCCUUGAAGACAGAGCGUUCCUCCUCGGGGCUGAUCGAGUUCCCCAACAUCUCGCAGGCUGUGCUCGCCAUCAUGAAGUGCAACCAUCUGCCUAUUGAGGGUAAAGGCACUAAAUUCCCUUUCAUCAUGAAGCUGUGCUUCUCCUCGUCGAAGAGCAUGAACGGGGCCUGGAACAAUGCGGCCAACGAGGGCAUGAUCGAGAAGGAGAAUGACGGCGAUGUCAAGGUGGAGAUUUACAAUUGAGAUUUGAUUACCAUUGUGUAAGCAGCCAACAACAACCAGCUAAACGACACAACAAACUACAACCAACAACAACCAACACAAACAAACAG